AUGUCUGCGGCCGCGGCGAGGACGAGCACGGCGGCAAGGGCGACCGUCUUGACCAGCCUCCCCAUCUCUCUCGCGUGGCGUUCCGCUGGCUUCCGCUGGGCGCAAGGCGAUAUGCCGGCCGAGUUCUCCUGCAUCGCGCCGCUGCUGCUCGGCUCGCUGCUGCUCUGCGUCGUGCUUCUCUUCCUCCUCCUCGCGGUGCACGGCCGCGCGGAGGUCCGCAAGUUAUGGAGCAAGAGGCAUGCCAACGCCACCCUCCCAGGCAUCUUUUCCGCGUUGACCUUCGUCCUCGAAAACUUCGCGCUCGCGAACGGCCUCAGCGCGACCUCGGUGGUUCUGCUCAACAAGUUCGCGAUUCUGCCAGGUGUCCUCGGGGAGAUCUGGCUGACGCGGACCACGCCGUACCGCACGCAGCUCGCCACCAUGGCGGCUUUGAUUUUGUGCAUCAUCGUUUGCUCUCUCGGCGACGACGGCGAACCUAACAUGUCGCUCGUAGGGUUGCUCUUGGGCCUUGGUGCAGCCCUCUCAGACGGAGUUGGCAACAUCGCCUUUGAGGCCACGGCGCAGUCCCGCCUCGACGACCUGGAGGAGGAUUCGGGGGCCGAAACGCUCAGGUGUUUCCUCGUGAACGAGUUGUGCAAGUCCGUGUUCAACAUCGUACUGAUGCUCGUGUUCGAGCGCAAGCACCUGUCGCAAGGUUUCUUCAAUGGCUGGGGCCUCCCUAUGCUCGUCGGCGGUGUCAUGCCUCUCCCCGCGAUGGUCGCGCUUUACAACACGGCCAUCUUGACGGCAGGCAGCUUGACGACCAGGAUGGCAGCGUCCGCCGAUAUUGGCAUCGCUUACUUGAUGGAUGCGCUUAUCUUCGGUGACACGGUCAGGAUCUCCCAGGGCCUGUUGAUCCUCGCCAUCAUCGCUUUGAUCGGCGUCUACACCAAGUUCGCCGUCGACGUGCGGAAGGCCGCCGCAGACGCCCUCAUCAGGUCGGAGAUGCUAGUUGUAGAUGUCGUGUGUAGGGUGUGA